CCGAACCAAACACGCCCAAGUACGUUUCGAGGUUAGGUUGUUUGUUAGUUGAGGACCACGCACGCACGAUGAGUGAAAAGAAUAAAAAGAAGUCCGAAUCUUUUGGGGUUCGUUGAUUAGCUUCUGACGUCACCCACCACCCACAUGCUAAUUUCUAAUCUUUAAUAAGUCUUUAAAUGAUCUUCAUUGUACUGUGGAGUUCAGUUUCUGGGGUCGACAUAACAACAACAAUGGUUAAAACCAUAAAGUCUUCUUCUUGUCUCGUCAACGCUCUCAUCGCGAUCGCUUUUUUAGCGACUGCCCAUUUGUGUGAAGCUGGCUUGUCGCAGAAAGAACAGGACAAAGUCUCGAAAUUGCCUGGUCAGAAUUUUGAUGUUAGCUUUGCUCACUACUCAGGGUUCGUUACUACUAAUGAGAAAUUGGGAAGAGCUCUCUUUUACUGGUUAUUUGAAGCCGUCGAAGAUGCUAAGUCUAAGCCUCUUGUUCUCUGGCUCAAUGGAGGACCAGGGUGUUCAUCUGUUGCAUUUGGUGAAGCAGAAGAGAUAGGACCCUUUCACAUUAAGUCAGAUGGGAAGACUCUUUACCUUAAUCAAUAUUCUUGGAACCAAGCUGCGAAUAUUUUGUUCCUUGAUGCACCUGUUGGAGUUGGUUAUUCGUACUCAAACACCUCGUCUGAUUUGCAGACCAAUGGUGAUAAGAGAACUGCCCAAGACUCACUGAAAUUUCUGCUGAAAUGGGUUGAGCGGUUUCCGGAGUACAAAGGAAGGGACUUUUAUAUAGUCGGGGAGAGCUAUGCUGGGCAUUACAUUCCUCAGCUGAGUGAAGUCAUUGUAAGACAUAACCGAGGUUCUGACCACAACAGUAUUAAUCUAAAGGGUUACAUGGUAGGAAACGGGCUGAUGGACGAUUUCCAUGACAGGCUUGGUCUUUUCCAAUAUAUUUGGUCGUUGGGUUUUAUCUCCGACCAAACGUACAGCUUACUGAAACUUCAAUGUGGUUACCAAUCAUUUAUCCACUCCUCCAAAGAGUGUACUAAGAUUGAGGAGAUUGCGGACAAAGAAAUUGGUAACAUAGACCACUACAGUGUCUUCACCCCGGCCUGUGUUGCAAAUGCUUCCCAGUCAAACAUGUUACUAAAGAAGAGACCAAUUACUGGCCGUGUGAGCGAACAGUAUGAUCCUUGCACUGAGAAACACACUAAAGUGUAUUUCAAUCUUCCAGAGGUACAAAAAGCCCUCCAUGUUCCACCAGGACUUGCACCAUCCAAAUGGGAUACUUGCAGUAAUGUCGUGAAUGGACACUGGAAAGACUCUUCUUCCUCGGUUCUAAACAUUUACCAUGAGCUUAUAGCUGCCGGGCUUCGUAUCUGGGUCUUCAGUGGGGAUGCAGAUGCCGUGGUACCAGUCACAUCAACCCGGUACAGUAUCGAUGCACUGAACCUUCGUCCUUUGAGUGCCUAUGGUCCUUGGUACUUAGACGGACAGGUGGGAGGCUGGAGUCAACAGUAUGCAGGUCUGAACUUUGUGACAGUAAGAGGCGCAGGCCAUGAAGUUCCAUUGCACAGACCGAAGCAGGCCCUUGCGCUCUUCAAGGCCUUUAUAUCUGGAACUCCAUUGUCCACACAUGAAAACAGCAUCAGGCAGGACAUGUCUGAACUAGUUAGUGACUCAUGAUGAGUUCUGAUUUGAUGAAAUGUGUAAUUUGGAGAUCUCAAUUAGAAACUUUCCACAGGUUAGAAGAAGAGAUGGAGAGGGUUGAAUCAGUGUUUUUAAGUGAAUUGCUAAUUGCUUCUUCAUUCUUCUUCUUCUUCUUCUUCUUCUGGAUGUUUGUUUGUUUGGAAAACCGGAUGUUUGGAAUCCAAUAAAAUAAGUUCCUACCA